AAAUAACUGAAAACCGCGAAGAAGAAUGUGUGGAUUUCACCUUUUCCAGGUGGUAUUGUUUUUGAUAAAUUGUCUCUCAUUUAAAAUGGACUGAAUUGAUCGGUUACACUUUUGAACAAGCCUGAUAUUGGUGUUGAUUCUACUGAGAUGUGGCUCAAAAGUUCGCCCUCCUUUCAGACGGGCGGGAGGCAGCACGAGGGCUACAUGCUGCUGGUGGAGUCCUCAAUGGCGGCGGGAACGCCCAGUGCGCGGGCACGCAGCCUGGUGGUGUGCACGGGUUAUGUAUUGACUUUAUUUACAAUUUAUCAAUACAAAAAACAAUAGAUUGUUAAACUGAUUGAUACAAACAAUAUAUGUUUAGCUUAUAGACUUACAAUGUAGGUUCGUUCAGUUUUGGGGUUAUUAUUUUGGUAAUUGUGCACUUUAUUUCCCAGAAUUCAGGUUAAAAUGUUUGACAUCAGGAUUAACAAUAUGUCAUUAAACAAUAAAGGUUAUAAUAAUGAAAAGGGGUUGGUGUCUAACAGUAAUGAGUCCUCCCUCCUCCCUCAUAGUAAACAUUACAUCCAGCACGUCUCACUUUUCUCCCUCAUCGCACUCCCUCAAUGCAAAACAGCGAGGAUGCAACCGGAAGUUCCAUAGUAGUCCUUCAAUGUAAAAGCUUGAUUCGCCGUGGCUGCAAGUGUGCUUUAAAGUCACAUAAUAGAGAGAAAUGCCUAUUACAAUCUUCAGAGCAAUCAUAAUCUGCACAACAAUAAACACAGUAAGAGAAAGUCAAAUGUAAAACGAAUCAACAAACAUAGAUGGUAAAUAGGGUACAAUAGUACAAGUGUUACAUCAUAUCUGUUUUUAUAAAUGAAAGAGCUGUGCAGUGGUUUUGCAGGAAUGCAGCAAAGUGAACAAUAAUGACAUCUUUAAAUUGUAUGUUUUUCCCACAUAAAAACAUGUAAUCAAAGCCCAAAAAUGUCCAUUUCCGUGUCACAAAUUCUAAUGAAAACCAAAAUAUAUCCAGUUUAAAGUGGUUUGAAACAGGAAAGCAAAAGUAAAUGUAAAGUGUUCAUGAUUGAUUCAUGUAAUCCCUGAAUACGAUUUACCUGUAGAUACGUCAGUUAUUCCCUUAAUAAAUUAAAGUUUUGUCACCACACUUGUAAAGCUAUUUCUUUCAUAAAAACACAAAGACAAGACAUGGUAUUUGGUUUUCCGGGUAGAUAAAGAACAACCAAUAAUAAUCAAUGGAAGGACAGGAUUACACUUUGGAUCCAAAGCAGCACUGCGUUUAUUUUGAAAUUCACAUCCGGACGUCCUAUAUCUGCACACCUGCUGCCUUGACAGUGUUCAGCCUCCAUAAGAGCUCGCAGGAUCACCCCUGCAGCAGUCAUUGAAUCACUGAUCCUCUGUGUUUACUGUUCUACUUCUUCUGACAUCACAGUGCGACAAACCCACUCUCUGCAGAAACUAUACUCUUUCUGAGAUAAUUUUUCACAUAAAAUCAAAGUUAUUCAGCACUGAAAUAACUUUUGACACUUUCCAGAAUCUGAGUUCAUUCCAACACUGACCCAAUGCCUUUCAUCGAGCACGUUUCCGACGCUGAUCUGGAGCGUUGGGCUCUGGAGCGGGUCGUCCCGGCGCUGCAGGCUUACGGGUUCGGUUAUGUGGACGGAGUGCUGGGGGAUCUGGCCGGGGAGGCGGUGCUGCAGCAGGUGAUGGAGAUGCACCAAUCCGGGGUGUUGCAGGACGGCCGGCUGGCAGGCCCGGUGCCCGACGUGCACCGGAGGAGCAUCCGCGGGGACAAGAUCGCCUGGGUGAGCGGGGCGGAGCGCGGCUGCGAGGCCAUCAACUUCCUGCUGAACCUGAUCGAUAAACUCAUCGUGUGUGCAGGCCGGCUGGGGAGCAAGAAUAUCCGGGAGAGAUCAAAGGCCAUGGUGGCGUGUUACCCUGGAGACGGGGCGGGUUACGUCAAACACGUGGACAACCCCAACUCUGACGGGCGCUGCAUCACCUGCAUCUACUACCUCAACAAGGACUGGAACGCCAAGGAGCAUGGCGGAGUCCUCAGGAUUUUUCCCGAGGGGAAAUCCUUCGCGGUCGACAUCAAGCCGCUGUUCGACCGGCUGCUCUUCUUCUGGUCCGACCGCAGGAACCCUCACGAGGUGCAGCCCUCCUUCGCCACCAGGUACGCCAUCACUGUUUGGUAUUUCGACUCGGAGGAGAGAGCCGAGGCGAAGAGACGCUUCAAAAACCUGACAGAUUCCACUCUGAAGGAUCGUUUGGAGGUGUCGUCCUCUGGUGUUUGACUCCCUGAUGCUCAAAGCUUCUGGAAAAAGCUGAAAGAAAAGUAAAAAAAAAAAAAGACGUCACUCUUCAGCAGAUGAACCUGCCCCCCACCCCCCCUCUCUCUCCGGUCGGCCUGCAGGCUGCAGAGCUGCUGAUGAUGCGUUCAGGUGUCCUGCGGCUGCUCUGGACUUUCCUGCUUUACCUGCAAACUCUCCGCUGAGGCAAGGUGGAGAGAGGACUCCGCCUUCCGCUCGCUUCACACUACAGGAGGAGGAGAGAAGACGGUCAUGAGACUUUCAACCUGUGUGAUGGGAAUGUGUCGUACCGUUACACGUUCUUUAUUCAUCUUUGGAAAAAGGUGAAGACACACAGGGGUGUUUGGUCAUGGAGGAACUUAAGGGAACUGUUUACUAGGAAAUGACUUCUGAUUUUAGACUGAUGUUAUGUUGAAAUCUGCAACGAGAAGGGAUUGAAGAUGGAGAGAGGCGGAGUCCGUGUCAAAGAUCAUGAACCUUCAGAAGUCAGGACAGAUAAUAUAUGGACUCCAUGUCUUGUAUUGAUGUAAAGUUCAGAGUCCUUAAGUCAUGAAAUAAUGUGUGCAUCCAAGAAACCAUGGUGUUCUUGUUUGCACAGCAUUUGGACCUUUUCAUAUGUGCACAAAUGUAUUUCUUGUGCACACUUAUUCAUACAUUUCAGGAAUUAAAUCGUGAAAAGCUUAACUUAUGAUUGGCAUGAGACCACUUUUUAAUUCCUCACCUUAUUUCACGCCUUACUUUUUGUUUCUGAAUCUCAAACUGAGAGGAAGAUGGAUUCAAAUGAUGCAGCGGAUUUGAUGGACAGCGUGUGUUGUGUGUGUGUGUGUGUGUGUGUGUGUGUGUGUGUGGGGGAUGAAUUAUUAAUGCAGCUCUUCAGAGACGUCGCCCUGAAAGAGUAGCGCCUUACUCACCGCAGCCUUUCGGGACUCCAUGAGAGGCUUUUUAACAUCACAUGGUUGGUGUUACUGCUCUGUGAUUGGUUUAGGAAGACUUCUGUCUGAUGAUAUUUACAGACAUGUGGAAUAAAACCUGUGUUUAAAAAACUGGA